AACAUCGCCAUGAGAUCGGCGCGAAAGAUACAGAACCUUCGUAAUCAUGAUCUUAUCAAGCAGCAUGCCAUUCCAAUUGCUUUAGGUGGACCAACGAAUUACUAUGACAAGCUAUUGGAAAACAUAGGUUCGGCACGUUGUGUUUUAAUCGGCGAGGCCUCGCAUGGGACCGAGGAGUUUUAUCAGGAACGAAUUUUGAUCACGCAACGGCUUAUUGAAGAAAAAGGAUUCAACUUAGUAGCAGUUGAAGCUGAUUGGCCUGAUGCUUAUAAAGUCAAUCGUUACGUGCAAAACUGCAAGAACAACACAGCAAAGAAUGCCGAUGAAGCAUUAGGUGAUUUCAAACGAUUUCCCACUUGGAUGUGGCGCAAUGAACAAGUUUUGAAAUUUAUCGAAUGGAUGAGGCAAUAUAAUGACAAGUUGGCGAAAGAAAGGAAGGAGGACAAUAGUCAAGUUUGUUACGAAAAAGUUGGUUUCUACGGUUUAGACUUCUACUCCUUGUUUACCUCAAUGGGUGAAGUAAUUCGUUAUCUUAAGGGCGUCGAUUACGAAUCGUAUAAAGAAGCUAUCAAGGCGUAUAGUUGCUUUGACCAUUUCAACAGGUCAACCGAAACAUAUUCGUUCGCCAAUUAUUUCAACAUCAUGCCAUCCUGUGAAAAAGAGGUCAUUAGCGUGUUGAGCAAUCUCGUGAGAAAGCAUGGAGAAUAUCUUUCAAAGCAUUCCGACGAAGAGACUGAAGAGCUGUUUCAGGCCGAAGUUAACGCUAUGGUUGUUUGUGAUGCUGAAGAAUAUUAUCGUUGUAUGAUGGAUGGCGGGGCUGAAGGCUGGAACAAACGUGAUACCCAUAUGAUGAAUAUCCUGCAGAUCUUGAUAAAAAAAUAUGAAAGAGCUCUAAAAGGAAAAGAAGCUAAAGUUGUUGUUUGGGCUCAUAACAGCCAUAUUGGCGAUGCAUCUCAAACGGAUCAAGGAUGGGCUCGUGGUGAAAUUAAUAUCGGUCAACUAGCCCGUGAGCGACUCGGUCAUAAUCGUGUCUUUAAUAUUGGGUUCACUACUCACUUUGGAACAGUCACUGCAGCUUCGAAUUGGGGCGCUUCAAGGGAGGUUAAAACAGUAAAUCCAUCACGGAAAGACUCUAUCGAAAAUAUUUUUCAUACCAUCGCUGGAGAAAUCAACGGACAAAACUUUAUCCUACCGUUCACCAGAGUCACACCGGAGAAUAAUGAAAAAACACCGAUCUCUUUAGACUUGGUUACAGAUCUUGCACGUGAACCUUUCCUACUUCAGCGUGCAAUCGGUGUAAUCUAUGCACCGCACACCGAACGUGCAUCCCAUUAUUAUCAAGCAAAGACCUCGAAGCAAUUCGACGCAGUGAUUCAUAUCGAUUGGACGAAUGCGCUGAAGCCAUUGGAUGAGGUCGAAAAAACCGAACCUGAAGAAAUUAUGCACGAGCUACCUGAAACCUUUCCAACGGGUGAAUGA